AGGGGUUCAGUGAUCAGGUCAGAGUCCAAACAGUACCAGGCGAUAGGCAGGCUCGAGGUCAGGCCAGGCAGAGUGAUCAGGCAGGCGGAUUCGGUGUCAGGACAGGCAAGGGUCAAAACCAGGAGGGCUAGGAAAAAACAGAGACGGGCAGAAAUAGGAGCUAGGAAAAAACGCUGGUUGACUUGGCAAAACAAGACGAACUGGCACAGAGAGACAGGAAACACAGGGAUAGAAACACCGGGAACUAAUGGGGAAAACAGAUGACACCUGGUGGUGGGUGGAAACAAUCACAAAGACAGGUGAAACAGGUCAGGGCGUGACACUUGCCCGUGGUGUUUUUUUCUUUUUUACCCGUUUCAGAUUUGUCUGGUUUGGUUCUACUGGGGUUUGAUUUUCUAUAAAGGCUUUCAUGUCAUGUUAUUCAGGUGGAUUUUGACAUGUGCACACUAUGCUACAACAGCUAAUCCUCUGUGUCCGGUCAAGGCUUGGCACUCAGACUACUGAGAGUUUGAUUACCAACUGGACAGACAGACUGGCAGAAGUGUGUGAGAGAGAGGAGCCAGCUAGAGGGAUAUACAAGACGCCCUGGACUAUCUGACCGGAAUUCUUGUUGACGGUGGAAAGAUGACAUCCAAGUCAUCCAGGCUGGGCAGACCCUCAUCGGCAGGGUCCAAGCAGCCCUCUCAGAGGAAGGAUUGCCCGGUGGGUAACCGAUCCUGUAUGCUGCGGGUCGGGGAGAGGCUGAUGAGGGCUGGGAGUGAGGGGAACCUACAUGUAGUGAGACCCAAACCUGUCCAGCAGACACCCCUGGAGGAAGGACACCAACAGUCCAGCUCCAUCACACCCAAAGAGUUAGGAAACAACAACCAGAGAGACUCAUCACCUGAGGAUGUAGAGCGUUUCCACAGGCAGCAGACUGUAGAGAACCAGAACCACCACUCUGAGCCACGUUCCCCCAGCACAGUCCCCAGGAGGUACACCAUCGGAGGGCAAGGGCCCCGCAGUGCCAGAGACCCCCUGACCAUGCAGCAUGCUGACGUAGAGAGGAAGAAAGAGGUGUUCCUGGAGCACCUGAAGCAGAGGUAUCCUCACCAUGCUGCUGUCAUCAUGGGCCAUCAGGACCACCUCAGAGACCAUGUAAGGAGCCCCCAGCACUCUGCCAGCCCCCCGCCCAGUAUAGGGGAGCAGCUCGAGCACCUCUCGUUGGAGUCUCUGGAGACCAUGUCAGAGGGAGACGGUCCAGCGGUCUUCACCCGUGGCUGCCAGGCACGGGCCAGCCUGCCAGUGGUCCGCUCUGCCAACCAGACCAGGGACAGAUCAUUAGGUGUGCUGUACCUGCAGUACGCAGAGGAAACCAAGCAGAUCCGGAUGCCCAAUGAGAUUACCAGCAUAGACACAAUCAGGGCUCUGUUUGUUAGUGCUUUCCCCCAGCAGCUCACCAUAAAGAUGCUGGAGUCUCCCAGUGUAGCUGUGUACAUCAAAGAUGAGACCAGGAACAUGUACCACGAGCUAACUGAUGUCAGAAAUAUUACAUCUCGAUGCUGUCUGAAGGUGUACCACAAAGACCCUGCACAUGCCUUCAAUCGCAGCAACGCAAGGCCUAACAAUGCUGAGGGCAGGAUACCAAGGGAGAUACUGUAUGGAAGUCAUAGCCCUGUGCACACUUUACAAUCCACCUGCAGUCCUGUCCACUCCAUACAGGGGUCCAUGUCUCCCCCCACAGUCCGCUCCAUGCCCUCCUCCCCCUCCAGGAUCCCCUAUGGCCACCGAUCAGGGGGAGGGGUGCCAGGCAGUGCCACCCUCCCCAGGGCCAGCAUGUCCAGUGGGCCCCCCACCAGGUCCGUCACACCCUCCCCCAGUGCCAUCCUGGAGAGAAGAGACGUCAAACCUGACGAGGACCUGAGCAGUACAAGUAUGGCGCUGGUGCGUGCCGACGGGUUGUAUGUCAAUGUCAUUGACCCCUACGCUGUCCAGGAGGGCCGGCUGAGUAUCGCCUCCUCCCAGGGGGGCGGCCACAUGGGAGACAUGGUCGACACAGGUGGUGGUAGCCUCCACCGAGCCUUGGUCAAGUCCCCAGCCUCCUAUACAGAGAACCCGGAGCAGCAGCACUCCCUCUACAGGCAGAAGUCCCGGAGGUACGGGGAAAGCCAGGGACUACCGCCACUCGGCACCAAAACCCCGCCCCCUUCCCCUCAUAGAUUGAACGACAACCACGGCCCUGUGGCCUCAGAGAGGGGCUCUCCUAUUCGCCGGUCUCUGCGGAAAGAGAGUAAUGGUAAUACAGUGGAGGUGGUGAACAGGACCAGGUGUAGUGUGUCCUCUGUGUCCUCCUCUCCUGUGUUCGUGGAGCUCCCCUCAGGGCACUAUGGGGACAGGCUGUUUCAGGGACACUUCACCCCCAAUGACCCCCAGACCAGUGAGCGAAUGAAGGCCAUGGAACAACAGAUUGCCAGUCUGACUGGCCUUGUUCAGCAUGCACUUGCUAUUGGGCCCGCUGAGAUAGAUAGGAUGACUGCUUCUCCUUUCCAUGUCAACAACAGUGCAGGAGUGUCACCAGUUCCUGCAUCCAGAACCCCUGCCCUCCUUACAGAUGGCUUCAAUGCUCUAGUCCCUCAGGCCCCUUCCUCUGACUCCACCCUGCAGGUCACACUGACCACGGUCAGGAGGAAUGUCACUGACCUCCGACAGCAGCUUCACCAACUCCGACAGCUACAGAUGCAGAACCAGGACAGUGUGAAGGGGAUGCUGAAGAGAGCAGAGGAGGAGCUAGCUGAGGUGAUGUCUGAGACCCUACAGAGACAACAGCAGGAGACCGAGCCUGGUCAGAGACAGAGGACCACGGUGGACGAGGAGAGACGCAAGUACCAGGCCAUGGAGGAGAGAGUUCUGGCCCAGCUCAGGGAGCUGGAGGAGUAUGUGGACCGUCUGAGGAGAGACGCGUCCUCUGGCAAAGGUCAGCUGUCAAUCACCCUCAGGGACGUGGAGGAGGGAGCUGUCAACCUCAGGAGGGUGGGGGAGGCCUUGGCUGGACUUAAAGGUGAGUUCCCAAGCCUGCAAGGGAAGAUGCGGACGGUGCUGCGUGUGGAGGUGGAGGCGGUGCGAUUCCUGAAGGAGGAGCCUCAUAAGAUGGACAGCAUGCUUAAGAGGGUCAAAGCCCUGACAGAGGUUCUCAGCGGUCUCAGAAGAUGUGUCACAGAGAAUCAUCCUCACAAUCCCGAGCCUGGAGCAGCCACAGCAGAGGGGGGUGUAGAGCCUGCCAUUGCCCUGUCUGAACCCCCCCGGAAGAAUCUCCCCACCAUGGAAUCCCCCAAACCUCAGCCCAGGCCCUCUGUCAGACCUCCCCAGCCACAGGUCAAGAACCCUGCAGGCAGGCCAGACACAGUCCCCACCUCACCUGACAUUGUCCACCGUGUGAAGAGCUCUCCCGUCAACAUGCAUUCUUGUCAGCACUCAGCGGCUCUGCCACACCACCCCAGCCCCCCACUGACCUCCACCCACGGUCGAGACUCCCCCACCGUGGCCAAGGUCAGUCCCCGCAGCCGAGAGAACAGUCCGGCCCUGCAGAAGAGAAUAGUCCCUUGGUGUGGCGAUGGACCGGCACCCACGGCCAGCAGCACUGAGACCACCUCACAACCACCUGGUUCAGAGGAGAUCCACACCAACAGGGGCAGCAUCAAACACAUCGUCAUGGAUGUUGAGACUGCAGAGAGAGAGCAGGACCUGGAGGAGGGGAGGUCGCCACAGAACUCAGCAGCCACCUCUUCUGGGAGUGAGUUUGAGCAGAUUCUCCAGGAGGCCCAGGCCAGCCUGAUGAAGGCCAUACCCGACCUGGAGGUGACUGAGACCGGGAGAAGGGAGGCUCAGUCCUCCACUCCACCCCUAGCUCCAGACCAGCCAUCUCUCCCAGACCCAGAGCUUCCCCUCAACCCUCCACUGCCAGACGAAGUAGAUGCCCCUCAACCUACUGAGGCAUCUCUUCCAGACAAUCUGGACAUCCCCUGUCUCAAUUCAGAUGAACAAACCAACAUGGAUGCCUCAAUAAGUGAUGAUGACGCUACUCUGGCAAUCCAGUCCAUGCAGAACGAACCCACUCAGGCAGCUGAUGUGGCUGCUGAGGUGACUGUUCAGGUCAGCCCUGAGCGACCACAUAAGUCUAUGGUUGAAAAGCCUCGCAGGCCCAGUGUGGAGAGAGAGAUGAAGAACAGCCCAGAGAAGUCAGUGAAGUCUCUUCCACCACCCCCACCACGGAGGUUAUUCCCUUCACUGUCCGGCCCAGGGCUGACCACAGGGAGGUCUGGAGAAGUCAUCUUUACUACCAGGAAGGAAGCCACCACCGCCCAGGAUGAUGAAGAGGCGGUGGUCCCUCAACCCAGUCCCAAACCCACCAGACAUCCACCAGAGGUCAAGCCCAAGCCCCAAACCCCUCCUGUUUUUAUAGCCUCAGCUGAGCCAGGGGAAAAGGAGGAUGAAGAAGAAGAGGAUGAUGAUGAGGAGGAGGAUAAAUUCAUGAAGGAACUACAGGUGUUUCAGAAGUACACUCUUAGAGAUGUAAGCACAAAGUGUGUCAUAGACCUUACAAGCACUGCAUCUCAAGUCAGACAGAUAGAGCCAGAACGCUCUCUCUCACCCAAAGACCCAAAGGAGAGUCAGGAGAACAAGGGUAAAGACAAAAGUGUGCGCAACACUGACGAAAACAGAUUUGUCAUUGUUCCAAAGAGUCCCAGGGUCAUGUAUUAUGUCACAGGGCAGUUAUCCAAUGAGAAGCCUCCAUCGGGAAAAACAGACCAAUCGGAAGGCAGGGAGGGAACAUUGUCCCCCUCACAGGUGGCAAACUCAAAUACAUUUGACUCCCAGGAGACAGAGUUACUAAUAGCAGACACAACACCUCUGGUAUCAUGUAACUCAGUGCUGGAAAGCCAAGAUUGUCCUCCUAAUAUACAGAAGAUAGCAGUUGGAGAAGAUAGUGGGAAGGAGAGCGUUGUUGAUGAGAAUGUCCAGAAGGAUCCUGUUCAGUGUCAGAAAGUGGGGGUAGUUGAACCUGUGUCUCCUCCAAUACCUGCAGAGAAGCAGGACAUAUCUGAACCCUCUCAGCAAGACUGUUAUCUUACUAACAGUAAACCAUCAUCAUCUUCGUCAUCAUCACCACCACCAUCUUCACCAGCAUCACCACCACUUCCACUAUCAUCAUCUUUAUCACCACCAGUACCAGUAAUCCAGUUUGUUAGUAGUCCAGGCCAAGAGGUUUCAGGUAGUCCAGGGUCUCCACCAGAGAGCAGUGGCCUGGGUGACAGCCAGAGCCAGCAGGUAGUGUUGAGGUCCUUCAGAAGCAGAGCACCACGGUAUGUAGAGGAGGGCAGCAGCCUGAGCCCUGACCUCCCAGACGAGGAGGGCCCUCCUCCCCCUGAGAACAUCUCCUUCAUGAUGAUCACCAGCAACAGAGUGCAGGCUCUGUCCACUGGGGAGUACCAGGAGAUAGUGAAUGGUACCAGCAUGUCCGAGGUUCAGACCGUCAGUGUGGGGAACGACACCACCAGUAUCAGCCAGGAGCACAGUGGCUUCGACAGGAAGCCUGUGAUCAUCAUAUUCGACGAGCCCAUGGAUAUCCGGUCGGCCUACAAGCGUAUGUCCACCAUCUUUGAGUGUGAGGAGGAGCUGGAUAGGCUGCUGCACCAGGAGAGCAUCAAGGAGGAAGCAGAGGAGGCAGGAUCAGAGAAGAGUGUACCUCAGGUAAAGUCUAACACUUAUCUACAUCAGGCAAACAAGACAGCAGUGACAGGAAACACUGCAACCAGUCACCAUUAUACUCCUGCUGUGGUUGCGCAACAGAAGAGUACAGCAGAGUGCUCAUUACCAGAACAGUCUAAAACAGGGCCCUCAAACACCAGCAAACCAGAGACCAAAAAGAAGUUCAAAUUCAAGUUCCCCAAAAAUAAGCUGGCGGCCAUCAGCCAGGCGAUUCGCACUGGGACCAAAACAGGGAAGAAGACACUUCAGGUGGUGGUCUAUGAGGACGAGGAGGAGUGGGACGGACACAUGAAUGAGACCAAAAGGUUUGAGAUCAACAGCAGUAGCAUACCACAAACUGACUUUAGUCACCUCACCUCUGUGAAUAACAUCACGUCACCAAGCACUCUCACCAGGUCAAACUCUAAACGCAGGACAGAGGAGAUCUGUAAGAAUGCCUACGACUCCAUAACCAGUCUAGAGGAGACCAUUAAACAGCUGGAGAUCACUGUGGACAAUAUAAACCCAGCAGCGCCUAACACCGACUCCUGUGAAGAGUCUCCAGCCACAGUGAAAUCCCAACGAGAGAGAAGUCCCUCCAAGAGGCCUGCCCCUCCUCAGGUCUCAAAGUUCCUGAAGCAUCCUCAGAGUAAGAAGUCCAAACCAGAGCUUCCCAGGCCAUCCAUCACAAGCAGCUCCAAGAAACAGAAUACCAGUGGCUCUCCUUCUUCAAGUCAGAUGUCACUUUCUCUGUCUGCAAAGUCCUGGCAGCAACCAGCCGGGUCAGCUGACAAACCAGGAGGAAAAACUCAGAAGCAGUUUCCACAGGCUAACAGAAGUGCUGAGAAAGCUGGUGGGGAUAGUAACCAUUAUUUCCUUGCUUUACCUGCUUCUAAGAUCCCAGCCUUUUGUCAUAACUCUGGAAAAAAUAUGUCAUUGCCCGGUCCAAACACUGUGUCUAACCCUAUUAAAUCACCUUCCUCCUCCCCAUCCUCCUCACACAAAUCUUUCAUCCCGUCUCUUAAUCUGAGUCGUCUCGUCCCUCCUAGCCCUUCUCUCAAUGACAGACGUCAAAACCUUUCCCUCUCAUCACAAACCCAAAAUGGCCGACCCAGCCCUUUCUCUCACUGCUCAUCUUCCUCUUCCUCCUCCACCUCCCCCUCUUCCAACUCCUCCUCUUUGUCCCCCACAUCCACGUCCUCCACCUCCUCCUCCCCUCCCUCUCCUUCCCUCCUCUCCCCGACUGCCAUGAGUCAAGGUGCGAGGAGUAUCCACCGCAUUGCUCAUAUACCCAGCUUCACCGGACAAAAGAUGCAAGGUGGAUACAGCAGCAAAACCACACAUACACCAGCAGCUUCUUUGUCCAAGGACAUAUGAUUAUCUUUUUAUAUCUAUAUGUAACAAAGUUAAAAACAUACCGUAAACUCAUGCCACAGCUUGCUUGAAAUGUUGCAGAUGGAGCCAUCCAAUUUGUACGUUUUGGGUGGCUCAACACGUUGGAACAUUGUCAAGGAGGAUAGUUACGUGUGUUUUGCGAAGCAGAGGAUCACUGGUUCGAACCCAGUAUGGGGCAGUCGGACAGUGGAGGAAGCUAAGCUUUUAGCAGCACACAGACCCCUGUUACAUAACAGUAUAAAGUAUAGUGGAGGGAAGUGCUGUUUUCAAGGCAACCUAAUACAAUUGCAGGGCAUUCUCUCGUUUCUCUCUAGCUUUGAUAAGUUUUUGAUCAUGAUCAAUUUGAGUUCACAUACAAAAACAGAGAAUAGCGUGAGCUGGUUUUCAUUCCAUGCUCCCUUUCAGAAAGGGGACCUUUUUUCAUUUCUGUCUCAGUUCAUGGGUUGUUCCAUGAAAAUAGCGCCUUUUGCAUCCCUUUGAUAUUUAAAUAGACGUUGUGCACCAGUAUUGAAUUGUAAAAGCCUGUUAUAUUAAAUGAAGCGCUCUUUAAUAUAGACUCCAUGGAGAAUUCAAUGUAUUUAAAAAAUAUGAAUAAAGGUUUGCUAAAGUGCCAAUUCAGCAUUUUGACAUGUUCCUCCAUCAACCCUUUCACUUCUAGGAAGAUUUCAACCCACUUAAUCCAAAGAUUCCUCCAUAAUUUCACCGUCAUUGUAAAGCCCUAGUUGUUGCUUUGACAGUCAUUUCUGAAAAGUAUUUUUUAUUUCAUGUGAUUAGUGAUUCAUUCAAAUCUAUCUCUCAUUUUGGAGGCAAGAAGUUUAGCAGUGAAGAGCUAUGGGCCAAUAACCGAAAGGUCGCUGUUUCGAAUCCCCGAGCUGAUUAGGUGUAAAUUCUGCCUGUGCCCUUGAGGAGCCACUUAACCCUAAUUGCUCCUGUAAGUCGCUCUGGAUAAGAGGUUCUUCUAAAAGACAAAACAUUUACAUUUUAAGGUCAAUCCUGUUACAUUAACUGAAAUCUGUUUUUAAUAUGGUGAAACUAUUCCUAAUAAGAAUAUAACAUUGUCAAAUCAUCGUGUAAAAACAGGUGAGCCGUUUCUACUCUUUUUGGCCAUUUUCUGGUGUUUUGUGGUGGAAAACUGAAUGGGUCGAGCAAAACACAUAGAUAAGACAGACUAGAAAUGUUUAAGCUAUUUUCAUUGUUUUUGUGAAGCUUGCAUUUAAUUGCCACUCCCUGUUGCACACAACAAACGUACAUUCCCCCUGUUCACGAGGGGAUUCAUGGCUGAUUUAAGAUGAAAUGUUACUUUAUUUGGCACUUAAUAGGGUCGUUUUGUUUAACGUGUACAUGUUUUUAUGAAGUUAAAUGUGCAUUUUAUGACCGAAUGUACAAAUGAAGUGAAACCAAAAGUUUUUUUUUUCUUCCAAGUUACACUUCUCAAAAGGCACCGACUUGGUGGAAUGACCCUGUUGUAUGAUGAUAACCAUAUUCACAAGAACUACUAGCUUUACAAAUGAUCAACACAAAAAGGUGCACACAUUCUAGAGUUAAUACUAACAUAGUUUAGUGGUGUUGGAAAUCUAGUUACAUUUUUAUUGAUGUGAGAAAUCUGUGAUUUUAACGGAUGGUGUUAUAUUUUAUACGAAUUAGAGUGACACUUAAUAAUAUAAAGAUUUGAUCUAAAAUAACAAUUUAUGUAAAGAAAUCAAAUCAUUUAUUUACAUUUUUAUGGUGGAUGAAGGCAUAGAUGCAGACUUUCUUCUAGCAUCAGUCAUUCAGAUGUCAUCUCUCUUAUGCAAUGAUCUUAGAUGUGUGGAGUUGUGCGAGUGGAACUUUGAAGAACAAAAUGCUUGGUGAUUUCUCAAGCUUCCGAUGCACUGCCAAAUCCUUUGAGCUAACAAGAUAGCUACUGUUCAUGCAAAAUAAUGUUUAGAGGCCUUUUAAGGCAGUAGAUGUACUAACAUGCUUGUACUAAAGUGUUUGGUUUUACAGAUCAUGUAUCUAAGACAUGCACUAUGUGGACAUUGUAAUGUUUACCUUUGGGAUGGCAACUGACUUAUAUUCAUAUUAGUAACUGGUGUUUACAUUCAUAAUUAGUGACAGAAGUUUACAUGCAAGUGUAUGUAUUUAAGAGGGUUUUGUCUUCAGAAAAGUAUUUUAACUUGCCAAACUUCACUCCUAUGCAUGCCCUUUUAGAGAUUUAUCUGUCAUGUUAGAGAACUAUUGUUUGCACAACUCUGUAAAUAUUUAGUGUUCUCUGAUUUUGUAAAGCUGUAAACCAUGUUGUAAAAAGGUAUUGUAGAAUUGAAUGCUUGUGAGGUUGAGAAACUAAUAAAGGGCUUUCUGUUAGUGA